AUGUCCGAACCUUCUUUCAACAUCUCUUCCAAGACCGCCCUUGAAUACGAACAGCAAUACUCUGCUCACAACUACUCGCCGCUCCCAGUGGUGUUCCAUACAGCUGAAGGCGCUCACGUUUGGGACCCUGAAGGAAAAGAAUACUUGGAUUUCUUAUCGGCCUAUUCUGCUGUUAACCAAGGUCAUUGCCAUCCAAAGAUCAUUGCCGCUUUGGUUGAUCAAGCCCAGAAAUUAACCUUGUCAUCAAGAGCUUUCUCUAAUGAUGUGUUUGGGGUGUUUGCAAAGUACAUUACUGAGUAUUUUGGUUACGAAAUGGUGUUGCCAAUGAACACUGGUGCUGAAGCCGUGGAAUCUGCUUUGAAAUUGGCCAGAAGAUGGGGGUACGUCAAAAAGGGCAUCAAGCCAGAUGAAGCAAUCAUUUUAGCCGCUGAAAAUAACUUCCAUGGUAGAACUUUGGGGAUCAUCUCCAUGUCUACUGACCCUGAUGCCACUAACAACUUUGGCCCAUUCUUAAAAAACACUGGUCCAGUUAUUCCAGGUACCGAUAACCAAAUCAUCAGAUACGGACACAUUGAAGAUAUUGAAUUGGCGGUCAAGAACGCUGGUGACAAAAUUGCCGCCAUCUUGCUUGAACCAAUCCAAGGGGAAGCUGGUAUUGUCAGUCCUCCAGAAGGUUACUUCUCUGCCGUGCAAAAGCUUUGUAAAGAACACAACAUUCUUCUUAUCUGUGAUGAAAUUCAAACCGGUAUUGCUCGUACUGGUAAGAUGUUGUGUUACGAACACUACGAUGGGGUCAAACCAGACGUUAUCUUGUUGGGUAAAGCGAUUUCUGGUGGGGUUAUGCCAGUUUCUGCUGUUUUGUCUUCUAGAGAAAUCAUGUUGACUUUGGAACCUGGCUCGCAUGGUUCUACUUACGGUGGUAACCCAUUGGCCUGUAGAGUCUCGAUUGCUGCUUUGCAAGUAGUUAAAGAUGAAAAGUUGGUGGAACAAGCCCAAGAGAAAGGUGACUUCCUCAAAGAAGAAUUGAAGAAAUUACAGAAAGACUCCAACGGUAUCAUUUCCGAAGUUAGAGGUAGAGGGUUGUUGGCUGCUGUGGUUAUUGAUGAAUCUAAGGCCAAUGGUAGAUCCGCCUGGGAUUUGUGUUUGUUGAUGAAGGAUGAAGGUGUUUUGGCUAAGCCAACUCACGAUCAUAUCAUCAGAUUGGCACCAGCAUUGAACAUUUCUAAAGAAGAUUUGCUCAAGGGUAUCGAUGCUAUUAGAAAAUCUUUGGUUAAGUUGCCAACUGUUGAAAAGGCUGCCCAUCACUAG